AUGACGCCUUCCCAAUUUGAUAUCUUGCUCCAAAGGCUUAUAGCGAUGGAAACACCAAAGGUGGUUGUCUUCUUGGUCAUCUUGGUUUGGCACCUGGAUAUCCCAAAGCCUCCUCAAGAAUAUCAGUUUCUAGAGUUUUAUGCGGGAGUAGGGCGAAUCGCGACCUUGGCCAAAUGGUGUGGCUUCGCCACUGCUGCUGUUGAUAUUCGGUAUGGUGCACACCGUCAAAGGGAGGGUAAACGGCGACCAAUGGAUAUCAACGGCAACGCUGGCCUCGUGCUUUGCAUUCAUCUACUUUUGACUUCACAGUGGGAGCAACUCGUGGCCUUCUUUGCAAUCGUUUGUUCGUCCUAUGUGCCAGUAAACAGGCACAGCACAGGGAGAACACUGUUGACUCCUCUGGGAAAUGAACAUUUUAUAGGAGUGAGGCGAUCCAACAAGAUGACCUCGAGGACUGUGAUAUUGAUAUGGAUCACUAUUCUCUCAGGAGGAACGUAUCUCAUGGAAAACCCUCAUGGGAGUUUUCUCGCCUUUCAUCCUCGGUACGUAUGGAUGCUUAAAAAGCUCGAGGCUGUUGGUAUUCUGACUUACAAAACCGCCUUUUGGAUGCGGAAAUAUGGCUCAAUCUCUUGGAAAAGAACAUGGGUGUGGGCAAACAGUCGCCGCAUUGGAUCCCUAGACUUGGGGCCGUUGACGGAGGAAGAAAAGGAAGGUUGUGAGGAAACAACUAUCCGUUAUGAGGAUGCCCAAGGCAAGAUCCGUUGGAAAGGUAAUUCCAACCUCAAGCUGACACAGCAAUACACCUUCAAAUUUGCUGGCACCGUGACCCGAUUGCUGCCAAAGAUCCGCGAGGACACCAGGUCUCAGAAGUUUCCUGUUCCGUCGGGAUCUACUACCUCGCUCUUUUCUCAGUUGCCAUGGGAUGUCGAGUCUGUCUCUUGGGAGGAAGAGGCAGACCUGAGGGAUGUAAUCGAAUAUGUUCGGGGCUCCAAACUGCUCCGCAUGACCUUGGAGUUGCCCUCCCGUGUGUUUUCUAGUGAAACACUCAUGGCUGGACUUACAGCGGUGAAGUUAGAGGAAGGACCUGAAGGUUUGGACUCGGAGGAUGCCCAAAAAGAGUUGAUAGCACUUCAGGACCGGAUGCUUUGUGUUGGCGCCCAUGGGAUACAACAUGUAUAUAUAGCAGUAAAUCACCCAAUACAUCAAACCAAAUUGCCCUUCUUCGCGGCCUCAGCAGGAACUCAGGGAGGAAAUGAUCACCGCCACCGAUGGUACCACUCCUGA